UAAAUAUGUGAAGUUUAAGAAUAUAUAAGUCAGUUUCAAUUUCAUUAGUAUGAAAUGAGAUAAUCAUCAUGCGGUUAUCUAUUUUACAGGAAAUAACAAUGACUGUUAUUUAACAGGAAGGUUUUAGGUUAAUCAUAAAACAUAAGAAAAUUCAAUCAAUGAUUGUCUUAGUCCGGUAAAAAUCUUGUCAUAGUUCACACUAAGCUACUGUUUAAAGAGCAUAAUCUAAUUCUUGAUUUGGAUAAAUGACCGCUACUUAAUGGUCUGAGCAAGAAAUCUAGAUAAACAUGGCUUCACAUGACAGGGGACCGACUAAAAACAUUUAUGAUUUUCCACGAUCUCAACCAAUCCCAACCAUUCCUAUUACACCUGAGUCCACCGAAACAGUUUCAUCAACGCUUCAUGUAAAUUUGGAGCCGACUAAAAACAUUUAUGAUAUUCCACGAUCACAACCGAUCCCAACCAUUCCUAUUUCACCUGAGUCCACCGAAACAGUUUCACCAACGCUUCAUGUAAAUUUGGAGCCGACUAAAAACAUUUAUGAUGUUCCACGAUCACAACCGACCCCAACCAUUUCUACUACAACAGCAUCCACCGAAACUGUUUCAUCAACUAUUCAUGAAAAUUUGGAGCCGCCGAAAUCUUCCGAUGAUCGGCCAACAUUUCAGAAAGCAGUACAUGAUGAAAGUUUUGAUACAUCAAACACAAAAGCAACCGACGAUGAUUUUAAAUCACCGGUGACGAAAACCGAUGAGCCUCUCGUUACAAGUGAGCAACCCACUACUCACAAGGAUACUGACAAUAAAACUGAAGAUUGUCUAGAAAAUUCUAAGUGUCAGUCCGAUAAAAGCCCAGACUGUCUCCCAAUGAAUGGUGCAAUGAAGUUAAUGUCAGACAUAUCACCGAUGGAUUCCGAGCAGAACUCUAAAGGCAAGUCAUAAAUAAUAAUAAACUUUAUGUUAUGGCUCAUUUACAAAUCAACAUAUGCAAGUCACAAAAAUCUAGUGCAAUAACUUAUCUACAUUU